CGCGGCACUGACGAGAACAGACUCUCGGCGCGCGCUGAUGACGUAGGCGCCUCUUGGUCUUCUGAAAACAUUGGAGGUUUUUACUGGCAACAAGUAACAGCACAGCCAUGAACUGGAACAAAGGUGGUCCGGGUGUGAAGCGAGGGUUCGGAUUUGGAGGAUUUUCCCUUGCAGGUAAAAAAGAAGAACCUAGUGCACCUCAGAACUCGAACACAACAUCGGGAGCUCCAGGAUCAAGUGGAUAUGGGAAGGGCCAGCAGCUACCAUCAUUCUACAAAAUAGGGACAAAAAGAGCCAAUUUUGAUGAGGAAAAUGCGUAUUUUGAGGAUGAUGAAGAGGAGUCAAGCAACGUGGAUUUGCCGUACAUUCCAGCGGAGAACUCUCCCACACGGCAGCAGAUGCAGUCUGGUGGUGGGUCAGACAGUGAAGAUGACCCACUGGACGCCUUCAUGGCAGAGGUUGAGAACCAAGCAGCUAAAGACAUGAGGAAACUAGAGGAAAAGGAAAAGGAGAAAAAGUCAGCCAAGGGUAUUCGUGAUGACAUUGAAGAAGAAGAUGAACAAGAAGCCUACUUCCGCUACAUGGCUGAGAAUCCCACAGCCGGGCUGAGCCUCGAGGAUGAGGAUGAAAACAUUGACUAUGACAGUGACGGGAACCCUAUCGCCCCCAUCACCAAGAAAAUAAUUUUGCCGCUUCCCCCCAUUGACCACUCUGAGAUUGAUUACCCACCCUUUGAGAAAAACUUCUACAAUGAGCAUGAAGAGCUCAGCAGCCUGACUGUAAUUCAAGAGUUGGAGUUAAGGCACAAAUUGAACUUACGGGUAUCGGGUGCAGCCCCUCCAAAACCUUGUACUAGCUUUGCCCACUUCACCUUUGAUGAGCAGUUAAUGCACCAAAUCCGCAAGUCCGAGUACACUCAGCCCACACCGAUUCAGUGCCAGGGUGUGCCCAUAGCUCUGUCUGGACGUGACAUGAUUGGUAUUGCAAAAACUGGCAGUGGCAAAACUGCAGCUUUUAUCUGGCCCAUGCUGGUUCACAUCAUGGACCAAAAGGAACUGGAGGCCGGAGAGGGGCCCAUCGCCAUCAUUGUGUGUCCCACCAGAGAGCUUUGUCAGCAGAUCCAUGCAGAAUGUAAGCGUUUUGGGAAAGCCUACUCAUUGCGUUCUGUGGCAGUUUAUGGAGGAGGCAGCAUGUGGGAGCAGGCCAAAGCUCUGCAGGAGGGAGCAGAGAUUGUGGUCUGCACUCCGGGUCGUCUGAUUGACCAUGUGAAGAAGAAGGCCACGUCCCUGCAGAGAGUGUCAUACAUGGUGUUUGAUGAAGCAGAUCGCAUGUUUGAUAUGGGUUUUGAAUAUCAGGUCAGAUCUCUUGCAAGCCAUGUCCGCCCAGACAGACAGACCCUUCUGUUUAGCGCUACUUUUCGAAAGAAGAUAGAGAGGCUUGCCAGAGACAUCUUGGUCGAUCCUAUCCGUGUGGUGCAGGGAGACAUCGGAGAGGCCAAUGAGGAUGUCACUCAGAUGGUGGAGAUGCUGCACAGCGCCACAGAUAAAUGGGGCUGGCUGACCCGGCGGCUGGUGGAGUUCACCUCCUCUGGCUCAGUCCUCAUUUUUGUCACUAAGAAGUUAAACUGUGAGGAACUGGCUACUAACCUGACCCAGGAGGGUUACAGCCUGGGCCUCCUGCACGGAGACAUGGACCAAAGUGAGAGGAACAAAGUCAUCAGCGACUUUAAGAAACAGAACUUGCCUGUUCUGGUGGCCACUGAUGUAGCUGCUCGUGGUCUGGACAUCCCAUCCAUCCGCACAGUGGUAAACUACGACGUGGCACGAGACAUCGACACGCACACUCACAGGAUUGGUCGAACUGGUCGUGCUGGAGAGAAGGGCGUGGCUUACACUCUCCUCACCAACAAAGACACGACAUUCGCUGGUGACCUCGUGAGAAAUCUAGAGGGCGCCAAUCAAGGCGUUUCCAAAGAACUGAUGGAUUUAGCCAUGCAGAAUUCCUGGUUCAGGAAAUCCAGAUUCAAGGGCGGUCAAGGAAAGAAGAUGAAUAUAGGAGGAGGAGGUCUUGGUUACAGAGAGAGACCCGGCCUGGGGGCUGACAGUUCUGAACGCAGCGGAAACUUUUUGUCUUCCUCUAGUAGCUUUGAAGGCUACAGCAAACCAACCUCUGGGGCAAUGGGAGAUCGCAUGUCUGCUAUGAAACAAGCCUUCCAGGCUCAAUAUAAGAGCCACUUUGUGGCUGCAUCCAGCGGCCCUCCGAAGCUUAGCACUAAGUCUAACAGCUCGUCAUGCUGGACUAGUGCCGGCAGCCUGAGCUCCGUGCCGACUGAGUCCGCCAAUGGUCCCGAGCGGUCCCAGAGCGCCACCAUGUCCAUGUCCAUGUCCGGCUUCACCAGCGCCGGUACCCUGAGCUCUGUGCCCACCAUUCAAACCCCUCCACAGCACAGCUACCCUCCGGCCGCGCCUCCCCCACCGAGAGACACCCCUCGGGACAGACACGGGGAGGACCGGGGGCGCCACGACAGUUACCGCCACGGCGACAGGAUCGAUCGACAAAGUGGUGAGGAUCGCUACGGAGACCGGGAGAGAGACGGCGACCGGGAGCGCCACGGAGACAGAGAUCGCGAUCGCCACGGGGACCGGGACCGCCACAGCAGCAGCCGCCACAGCGAUAGUCGUAAUGGAGAUGGAAGCAGGAGGGACCGAGAGGAUAGGAGGAGUGAGAGGGACGGGGGAGACAGGGGGAGUGGAGAGGGAAGGGACAGGGAGGAUCGGAGGGGUGAGAGGGACGGAGGAGACAGGGGGAGUGGAGAGGGGAGGGACAGGGAGGAUCGGAGGGGUGAGAGGGAUGGGGGAGACAGGGGGAGUGUAGAGGGGAGGGACAGGGAGGAUCGGAGGGGUGAGAGGGACGGGGGAGACAGGGGGAGUGUAGAGGGAAGGGACAGGGAGGAUCGGAGGGGUGAGAGGGACGGGGGAGGGAGUGGAGAAGGGAGAGACAGAGAGGAUCGGCGGAGUGAGAGGGAUGGAGGUGACAGGGGGAGUGGAGAGGGGAGGGACAGAGAGGAUAGGGGGAGUGGAGAGGGCAGGGACAGAGAGGAUAGGGGGAGUGCAGAGGGGAGGGACAGAGAAGAUCGGAGGAGUGAGAGGGACGGAGGAGACAGGGGGAGUGGAGAGGGGAGGGACAGAGGAGACGAUAGCUUUGCUGUCCCUGAACCACCAAAGCGUAGAAAGAGUAGGUGGGACAACUAAAAAAACAUAAACAAACACAUCAAUAGAAUCAUAUGUGCAACUAACUGCUCCAUGAUGAGCUUGUCUGUUGUGUAGGCAGAUAGCAGAGCAUAUCAGAGGCUGACACAAGCACAGGACCAGAGGGGGGAUUUUGUGGACUUUGAAUGAAAGUGUACAGCGGGGUUGAUUAGGACCUCAUGAUUUGGUCAAAGCUCAAAAGAGUGUCGGACAGAUCAACAAAAGCAGCUCAGAGCCAGUCACUGUACAUUUAUCAUAAGGCUGUUGUAAGUCGCUAGGAUCCAACAAUAGAGCUGUCAUGAAUCCUGCUGUCAGUAAACGAUUCAAAACUAUUAUUAUGUUGUUUAUUGUCUUGUUUCAUCUCACUGAGCUCGUAACAUGCUUUUGUGCUCGUAAACCUGAGGCUUUCUUUGUUUUCUAAUUCUUUGCAACGUGUUUGUGUGUUUGCAUUUUGUCAAUGUACAAAGCUAACUCUUAAAACUGUUUUUAUUUUGUGCCUGUGAUGAUUCACAGUCACACAUGUUAAAACUACGUAGCUCUUUCUGUGUCUUGUAUUCAAGUUACAGUGACGUGUCUUCUGCAUUUUAGUUGGUCUAUGCUUUUGAAAUGUUUUUCAAGAAGGAAAUGUGUUUGUAUGAGAGGAAUUUAAAGUGUUCAUUCACACGUGGAAAAUUAAGUUUUGAUUAAAAAGACUCCUUUGGCAUCUA